GUUUUUUUCCACCUUUCCCGUUUCUCACAUUUCCACUUUUUAUUCUUGCUCUCACCAUGUCCAACAUUUCCGUUGAUACAAUCACCUACAAGCAGCUCGCCAAGAUGUUCGAUCACGCCAUCUUGAAGCCCGAGCAUACCGCCAAGGAUGUUGAAGAAGGCUGCCGUCUGGCUCGUGAGUACGAUGCCAUGUCAGUGUGUGUCAAGCCCUGUGACGUGAAGCAAGCCUCCGAAUUGUUGAAAGGAAGCGAUGUCCUUGUUGGCACCGUUAUUUCUUUCCCUCACGGCAACUCGCCCACCGCUGGUAAGGUGGCCGAAGCUUUGCAGACGGUUGAAGACGGCGCUGUGGAACUCGAUAUUGUGAUCAACAUUGGUCACUUGAAAUCCGGGAAAUACGAUGAAUGCCAAAACGAAAUCAAGACCAUCAUUGACGCAUGUAAACAGAAGAACCCCAAGGUUAUCUUCAAGAUUAUUUUUGAAAACGCCUAUCUCACCAAGGAAGAGAUUGUCAAAGCAUGUCAGAUUUCGGUCGCCGCCGGCGCCGAGUUCGUCAAGACAUCGACUGGUUUCGCGUCUUCGGGAGCCACUUUCGAAGACUGUGAACUUAUGCGCGCCAAUGUCCCUGACAAUGUUCAGGUCAAGGCUUCCGGUGGUAUCAAGUCGCUUGAUCAAGUCAUUACUUUCAUGCAAAAGGGCGUCACUCGCUGCGGAUCAUCAUCCACCGAUAAGAUUCUCGAUGAAUUCAAGAAGAGACGCAAUAUGUAAAAGAAAAAGGGCAUAAUAAAAAAGGAAAACAAUACAAAGCAAUGAU